CUUUCUGCCAUUAUCAUCAUCAUCAUCUAUUAUUAUUUACUCUCCUUUUUAUUCAUUCAAUAUACUUUCCUUUGAUCUUUACCACUACUACUACUACUACUACUACAACAACAAAAUAACAAUUCAUUAGGUAAUGGAGUAUUCCUAAAAUAGACUUGUACUUUAUAUCAGUUUUAUACCUUAUCAACAACUAUUACUAUUUCAAUCAUGUCUUUUAUGAUAAAACGACGACCUUUAAUGGAUCAAGAUUGGGAAAAUAACCGACGUUAUGGUGUUAUUAUUGAUGCUGGUUCUUCUGGUUCAAGAGUUUAUAUAUAUUCUUGGAAAGAUCAUGACUUUUUAAGAACAACUAUUACAAAAGAAGACUUACAAGGUAGUAUUCCAAUGGUAGAAAGAGCUGAUAAACAUGGUUUAAAAUGGACUCAUCGACAAGAACCUGGCAUCUCUACAUUUGGAUCACGACCUCAUGAAGUUGGUGAACAUUUAAAAGGACUUUUGGAUUUUGCUCAAGAAGUAGUACCUAUGCAACUUCAAUCUUCUACACCUAUAUUUCUUAUGGCAACAGCUGGCAUGCGACUUUUACCAACGGAAGAACAACAUACUUUAAUGAAUACAACAUGUCAAUAUAUAAAACAAAAUACUGCCUUUUUCAUUAGUGAUUGUGAUACUCAUAUACGAACUAUUCCUGGUGAAUUAGAAGGUGUUUAUGGAUGGGUAGCUGUGAAUUAUUUAAUGGGUGGAUUCGAUGCAACUAUACAACAACAACGGCAACAACAUACAUUUGGAUUUUUGGAUAUGGGUGGUGCUAGUGCACAAAUUGCAUUUGAACCAGAUCAUCAUCAAAAAGAAGAACAUGGUGCAGAUUUAACAAAAAUUCACUUACGAACUUUGGAUGGGUCUGCUAUGGAUUAUGAUGUUUUUGUUACUACAUUUUUGGGUUAUGGUAGUAAUGAAGCACGUCGACGAUAUUUAGAACAACGUGUCAAACAAUUAUUUGAUCAACAACAACAAAAUGAAACAACAACCAAAGGAAUGGAAAAUUCUACUAUGGAUGAAUAUCAUCGUUUACAUUUGGAUGAUCCUUGUUUACCUCUCAAUCUAGAAUUAACGGAUGCUGAUACUACGAGUGUGCCUCUUCAACUCAAAGGAACUGGUCAAUUUUCUACUUGUUUGGAUCUCACUUUACCUCUUCUCAAUAAGGAUGCUGAAUGUCCUACUCAACCGUGUCUCUUCAAUGGUGUACAUACUCCCAAAAUUGACUGGUCAGUACAUCAAUUUGUUGGUAUUUCGGAAUAUUGGUAUACUUCUCAUGAUGUUUUAGGUCUAGGUGGUGUCUAUGAUUUUACGGAAUAUGAACAAAAAGCAACAGCAUUUUGUGCAAAGGAUUGGGCUUUGGAACUUCAAGAUCAUCCAGAUUGGGAUCCUAUAGAAAUUCAACGUUAUCAAUUACAAUGUUUCAAAUCUGCUUGGAUGGUCAACGUUUUACAUGGUGGUAUUGAAGUACCUCGUUUGGUGGAUAAUCCAAAGGAUCACCUAAGUCAAACAUCCUCUACUCAAUGGCUAGAACAAUCUAUUGAAAGUGUGGAACACAAAAAUUGGAAUCCUCCAUUUAGAAGUAUCGAUACUAUCAAUGAUAUUCAAGUUUCAUGGACUUUAGGCGCUAUGCUCCUUCAUGUGGCAAAUCAAAUUCCUCUUGCUGAAAAUGUGAACAGUGGACAUAGUAGUGAUGACGAAUUACCUCAUCCUAUUGCUGAUGGUGUAGAACUUCCUCUUGGUGAUGCUGGGCAUCAUCUCCCUGAAACAAAUUAUUGGCCAUCUACUCCUGAAGACACAAGUGAUACUCAUGCAUCUUCUUGGUGGGAUUUGGGCAAUACCAUAUCAGUGAUUGGACUCUUGGCCAUGUUGACUGUUUUAUUUGGUGUGGUGAUUUGGGAAUGGUACCGUUAUUCAAAGAAAAGACGUUCAAGAGGAGGAUAUGGAGAUUAUCGACGUGUAGAUACCAAUGGAGGCAUUUUAGGAAAUAUCGCAACUCCUUCACCAAAUACAACAUCAUCAUCAUCAUUUUUGGCAGGCCCAAUCAUGGUUAUGAAACAAAUCACAGUACGACCUAUGAUUGUAUUACGAUAUUGGACCUCUCAUUUAUUAUCACGACGUGGUGGUUUAGGAAACAAUAUCAACAACAACAACAACAAUAACAAUAAUAAUAAUAAUAAUAGUAGUGGUGGUAUUAAUAUGACGACAUCAAUGGAUGACUCUGUCUAUCAUGUAGGCAUGUCGGGUGGUAACAUGACUAAUGGCAACAAUGGUGAAAUAUAUAAUCUGGAAAGCAAUGGAAAUUAUCCUGAUUCUGUAUCAAUAGCAAUGUAUCAACAACAAAUGCAACAACAACAACAUUCCCAAUUACAACAACAUCAAGCAUCUUCCAUUCCAUCUAAUGGCAUCUUGGGUCCAUCCAAUAAAUCAUCUAGUAUGAUCUCUAUGAAGUACUGGCACAAGAAACGAUAUAGUGGUGAUAGUCAUAAUAUAUCUCAAUGGAUUCAACCUGGAUACAACAACAAUAAUAAUAAUAGUAGUAAUAUCAAUAUUGAUCGUGGUGGAGCAACUUCAGCCAUUGGUUUAGGAAAUCGAUCCAAUAGUGCGGCGAAUUUGAUAGCAAGGACAGGAUCACCUGUGAUAUUAGGAGAUGGACAAACUUCAUCAAGUACUUCAAUGUCAAGAUCAAGAUCAAGAAUUGGAUUUGCUAUUCAUGAAACAUCGGAUGAAGAUGAUUAUUUGACAGUGGGUGAAACUCUAGGUGGUAGUGGAGGUAGUGGUGGUGUUAACAAUUUAAAUUCAUCUGAACUUCAUCGGUUUACUGCAAUAACAAGUAUAUCAAGAACUCCUUCUCCUUCUCAAGCUAUCAACAUGACAAAAAGAACAACAAGUCCUAGAGUUAGUCCUAGAUCUAGUUUAGAAAAGCGUAGAAAAGAUGAUAUAGAGUAGUUUUUUUAUAUAUUCCUUCUUUUAUAUAUUUAUACCUUUUUUUUUAAAAAAAAAAAAAGAACAAAGAAAAAAAAUAAAGUGUAUA